AUGGCCAACUACGGGAACCAGCAGGGCGGCCAGUACGGCCAGCCCCCCGGCGGUGCACGCGAUCUGGCCUUCAGCAGCAUCUUCGGCUCUGACCGCCCGGCCGGCCGCUCGCAGACGAUGACCUCGCAGUCGCACGCCCGCGUGUCCGACCGGGCGGCCACCAUGUCGAGCCAGACGGCCGACAUGAUGCAGCGCAUGCCCCUGCGCCAGCCCGCCAACGGCUUCGAGCGCCGCCCGCCCGCCGGCCACGAGCAGCGCGUGCACUCCAGCUACGACCCGCGCCCGCAGAGCCACGACCAGCCGCCGCCGAACCACUCCCGCCCCAUGCACCCGCCCAACGGCUAUCAGCAAGACCCCCGCUUCGCCCAGGGCCAGGGCAUGCCCCAGCAGCGCCAGCCACAACCGCAGUACCUGCCGCAGCCUCUGCGCCCCGAGCGCCAGCCAUACGGCCAGCCGCAGCGCUUCGACACGCGCCCCUCGCCGCCUGGCCAGCUGCCGUUCAACCGCCCCAUGCCGCCGCGCUUCCCAGGUCCCGGCGCCCCGGCCCUGAACAACGACCCGUACCGCUCCCAGUCCCUGGCGACCGGCCCGCGGCCCCAGUUCAACGCCCCCGGCCCCGGCUCUAACUACCAGUCGCCGGCAAACACCUUCCGCCAGCAGCCGUACAUGAACCACAUGGCCAGGACGACCGCUCAAGGCCGUGUGGUCCCCGAGCGUCCGGACGAGCGAACCAUGUCCAUGACCUCGUAUCGAACCGGCGGCGAGAGUGACUUCGGACCGCAGCAGACCAUGAUGAGCGGCAGGGUCAUUCCAGGCCGUCGACGGGAGUCAGGUGGGCAAGACGCCGCUCCCGGAGACCACGCAUCCCCUCCAUUUUCCUCCCCAACAAGCAUGGGCCCGGGGACAAAGACCAGGAACACAAGCCAGGGCAGCAUACCGCAGAUGCGUACCAUGUCCAUGGCUUCCACCAUAGCACCGUCCAUCGCACCGUCUUCAUCUGAGCGUACAGAGACCAUGUCUUCGUCCAUGACUCGCCCCAGCUCUACUGCCACGGUGACCAGCAGCAACAGGGCUUCUGGUGCUGGGACUAUAGUCCCCGCGGCUCCAGAGUCACGGGCGCGACGAGCUCCUCUUGUCUACCCUGCGCUGUUGUCACGCGUGGCAACCACCUUCAAAGAUAGGGUGCAGAUUUCAGAGAAAGAGAAGGAUGGUCUCGUCUAUCAGAGCGCCUUCACUGGAGCCGAUGCCGUGGAUCUCAUUGCAUUCAUCAUCAAGACUACCGAUCGAAAUCUCGCCCUGCUUCUUGGAAGGUCCCUAGACGCGCAGAAGUUCUUCCACGACGUGACGUAUGCGCACAGGUUACGUGACUCGACGAACGAGAUCUACCAGUUCCGCGAGACUAUGAUGGAGGAGCAGGCCGAUGUCAAUGGUGUCUUCACUCUCCUCACUGAGUGCUAUUCCCCAACCUGCACGCGGGACCGCCUGUGCUACUCAAUCGCCUGUCCCCGCCGUCUCGAGCAGCAGGCCCGCCUCAACAUGCGUAUCCAGCCCGGUCUCAAGCGAGAAGAGUCCCGCGCCAGUUUACACGAGGAUACAAACGACGAAGAGCAGAAGCUCUGGAUCAACACCGUCCCCAAGGACGUCGCCGACAGCGUCUCGGACAAGGAGAAGAAGCGCCAGGAAGUCAUAUCCGAGUUGAUGUACACCGAACGAGACUUCGUUAAGGAUCUGGAAUACCUCCGUGACUUCUGGAUGAAGCCCCUCAGAAAUCCUGCAACCUCACCCAUCCCAGAGCACCGCCGGGAAAAGUUCGUGCGCACGGUGUUCAGCAACUGCCAGGAGGUCUACAUGGUCAACUCUCGCCUGGCAGAAUCCCUCACCAGACGUCAGCAGAAAGAGCCUGUUGUCCGAAACGUGGGAGAUAUCUUCAUGGAAUACGUCCCUCACUUCAUUCCGUUCAUCAAGUAUGGAUCCAACCAAUUGUUCGGCAAGUACGAAUUCGAGCACGAGAAGCGCACAAAUGCUGCGUUUGCAAAGUUUGUGGAUGAAGUCGAGCGUAUGAAGGAAUCAAGAAAGCUCGAGCUCAACGGAUAUCUCACAAAACCCACAACCAGAUUAGCAAGAUACCCGCUGUUGCUGGAAGCUAUUCUCAAGGCUACUGCCGACGAUAAUCCUGACAAGGAAGAUCUACCGAAGGUGAUCAAGUUGAUCAAGGAGACACUUUCAAAGGUCAACGUCGAGUCCGGAAAGGCGGAGAACCACUUCAACUUGAUGCAGCUGAACAAGGAUCUGAAGUUCCGUCCGGGAGAAUACGUUGACUUGAAGCUGACUGACGAAAAUCGUCAACUAGUGUUCAAGGGCUCACUGAAGAAGACACCCACCGAGACGAUUGGCGACAUCACAUGUUACCUCUUUGAUCAUGCCAUCUUGCUUGUCCGUACAAAGACAGUGAACAAGCGAGACGAACAGAAGGUGUACAAGAAGCCGAUCCCCCUUGAGCUACUAGUCAUCACCCAAAUGGAUGAGAUCAUUCCUCGACUUGGCAUACCAAAGAGGCCAUCGGGAGCAACGUUGAUGGGUGCGGGUGCCAAGGCCAUUCAGGCAGCUGCACCGAGGGCGGAUGCAAACAAGCAGCAGGGUUACCCAAUUACCUUCAAACAUCUUGGAAAGGGCGGCUGGGACAUGACGCUCUAUGCCAGUACCGCCAUAUCCCAGCAGAAAUGGAUGGAGCACAUCGAAGCGCAGCAGCGGACGUUGAGAGAGCGCAGCAACAUCUUCACAAAGUCCAUCAUCAACGAAGGCUUCUUCUCAGCAGCGAUCAGAGUCACCUGCGCUGUUCCUCUUGAUGGUGGCCGUAAGCUGGCUCUCGGUACAGAUGCCGGUGUUUACAUCGUCGACCGCAAGCCAAAGGAUGCCUCGAUGCGCCCUAGACGAGUUUUGGAUUCCAAGGGUGUCACGCAAAUCGACGUUCUGGAGCAACAUCAAAUUCUGCUCAUUCUGGCUGACAAGACUUUGUACUCAUACUCGACUGAAGCACUCGAGGGUGACGAAUCUCAAGCCGCCGCGAAGCGUCCUAAGAAGAUCUGCCAUGCCAACUUCUUCAAGUCUGGUGUAUGCAUGGGCCAACAGCUUGUCGCUUCUGUCAAGACCUCGGCGCUUUCAACGACGAUCAAGGUCUUCGAGCCCAAGGAGAACAUGGCCAACAAGGCUAGGAAGUCUGGAUUCGCCAAAAUGCUUGCCCAGGGACAGGAUCAACUCAAGCCGUACAAGGAAUUCUACAUCCCUACCGAAUCGUCUUCGAUUCACUUCCUGCGCUCGAAGCUCUGCGUUGGUUGUGCUCGUGGAUUCGAAGUCGUCAGCCUCGAAACACUGGAGACACAGUCGUUGCUGGACCAGGCCGACACGUCCCUCGACUUCGUCGUUCGCAAGGAAAACAUCAGACCCAUCCACAUCGAACGCAUGGGAGGCGAGUUCCUCCUCUGUUACUCGGACUACUCCUUCUUUGUCAACCGCAACGGGUGGCGCGCGAGACCGGACUGGAAGAUUACAUGGGAAGGCAAUCCGCUGUCUUUCGCAAUCUUCAACCCAUACAUACUUGCUUUCGAGCCCAGCUUCAUCGAAAUUCGUCACAUGGAGAGUGGUGGCCUGGUUCAUAUCGUUACGGCGAAGAACAUCAGGUGGCUGCACUCAUCCACACGAGAGAUCCUGUAUGCCUACGAGGAUGAACUGGGCAACGACAUCAUUGCCAGUCUCGACUUCUGGCAGGCGGCGAACGGCCCUGCGCACAAAGCUCUCGAGACCAACAAGAGCUAG